UCCCCUGUUGCCACCACCAAACCAUCACACUCUCACACGGUGCUCUACACACGACGCCGCGCACUUGCCAGACCGCGCGACCCGCACCGUAGAGCGUGUAACAUACUCCAACACAGCGACGACCGAUGGCCCCCGCCGCCGCCUCGCAGCACCAGGCGACCACCGCGGCGCCGCCGAGCGGCCGUAAGGUGGUGGACGAGGUGUCCGGCUGGUUGCGCGUGAUGGACGACGGCAGCAUCGACCGCACGUGGACGGGCCCGCCGGAGGCCCUGCCGCUCAUGGAGCCGGUGCAGCCCUACGCCGUGCCCCGCGACGGCCACACGCUCCACGACCUCCCCGGGGAGGGGGAGCCAAGCCUCCGGGUGUACCUCCCCGAGGUCGACGCGGGCAGCGCCGGCCGCCUCCCCGUCAUCGUGCAGCUCCACGGCGGCGGCUUCUGCAUCUCCCACCCGUCCUGGGUCCUGUACCACCACUUCUACGCGCGCCUAGCCUGCGCCCUUCCCGCCGUGGUCGUCACCGCCGAGCUACCCUUAGCCCCAGAGCACCGCAUGCCCGCCCAGCUCGACACCGGUGUCGACGUGCUCCGCCGGCUGCGGUCAAUCGCCGUGUCCGACGAAGGCGCUCUCGACGAGCCCGCGGCCGAGCUCCUCCGCGAGGCCGCGGACAUGUCCCGGGUCUUCCUCGUCGGGGACAGCUCCGGCGGCAACCUCGUCCACCUCGUGGCCGCGCGCGUUGGCGAGGACGGCGCGGACGCCUGGGCGCCCCUCCGCGUCGCGGGCGGCGUCCCGAUCCACCCGGGGUUCAUGCGCGCCACGCGGAGCAAGUCGGAGCUGGAGGAGACGCCGGACUCGGUGUUCUUCACGCUGGACAUGCUGGACAAGUUCAUGGCCAUGGCGCUGCCGGAGGGCGCUACCAAGGACCACCCGUACACGUGCCCGAUGGGCCCGAACGCGCCGCCGCUGGAGUCCGUUCCCCUGCCCCCGAUGCUGGUGGCCGUCGGGGAGAAGGACCUCAUCCGCGACACCAACCUCGAGUACUGCGACGCGCUGCGCGCCGCCGGCAAGGAGGUGGAGGUGCUCAUCAACCGCGGCAUGAGCCAUUCCUUCUACCUCAACAAGUUCGCCGUCGACAUGGACCCUACCACCGGGGAGCGAGCCCAGGAGCUUAUCGACGCCAUCAAGAGCUUCGUCGCCCGCCACUAACAAUAAAGCAUACAGUAUCCCACACGUGCCGCAUCACUGUUAUUAACAUCAAGGUGUGUCUGCCAUUAAGUCGAUCGACCAUAUGUCUAUGUGUGAGUUUUAACCGUGAUGGCUUCUGGAUUGUAUCCGGUCGCCUCGUGUGUUAUCAGUGUAUGCGUCCAGAGUCUUUCGUUAUCAGGCCAUCUGCAGCAGCAUUCGUGAUCGGUACUGUUUCAUGUCACUGUAAUAACCAGUCGUAAUCAUGGGAACUGUUUGCAGUAUUAAAGCAUAAAAAGCAUAUAGUAUUCCACA